AGCGAUUAUCGCCAAGAUGGUCUGCAAAACAGUAUAUCGAUGAUUUCUGAUAAGUGCUAAGAUGAGUCUCACCAAUAAUAGCAAUCAUCUUAGCUAAUCGCCAAGAUAACAUUUCACGGCAUUUGGAGCAUACCCUAAGAAGAGAGAGAGGGGAAGAUAGACUGCAAGCAAGUAUAAAGGUCUCCAGGAUUCCCCCGCACAGCAGCUUCAUCUCAACAGUCACCAUCAUCAUCAUCAUCGUUAUCAUCAUCUACACUCACCAUGGCUGUCAAGUCUCUUGUCAUCUCUGCAUUGGCGACCCUGGCAUCCGCCUCCCCGCUGCUCCAUGCUCGAGACAGCAACAGCACGACAUACGUCUUCACCAACUCCAAUGGACUCAACUUUACUCAGAUGAACGCUUCUCUGCCCAAUGUUACCAUCUUUGCCACCGGCGGAACCAUUGCCGGCUCGGACUCCAGCUCGACAGCCACCACCGGCUACACCUCCGGAGCCGUGGGCGUGCUGACCCUCAUUGAUGCAGUCCCCUCAAUGCUCGACGUGGCCAACGUUGCGGGGGUCCAAGUGGCCAAUGUGGGCAGCGAAGACAUCACCUCCGACCUCUUGAUCUCCCUCUCCAAGGACAUCAACCGGAUGGUGUGCGAGGACCCAACGAUGGCCGGGGCGGUCAUCACCCACGGCACCGACACGUUGGAGGAAUCAGCCUUCUUCCUGGACGCGACCAUCAACUGUGGCAAGCCCGUGGUCAUUGUGGGCGCCAUGCGUCCCUCAACCGCCAUCUCCGCUGACGGGCCGUUCAACCUCCUCGAGGCUGUGACGGUGGCCGCCUCGCCCCAGGCCCGCGACCGCGGCGCCAUGGUCGUCAUGAACGACCGCAUCGCCUCCGCCUACUACGUCACCAAGACGAACGCCAACACCCUCGACACCUUCAAGGCCAUGGAGAUGGGCUUCCUGGGCGAGAUGAUCUCCGAUCACCCGUUCUUCUUCUACCCCCCCGUCAAGCCUACCGGGAAGGUGCCCUUCGACAUCACCUCCGUGACGGAGAUCCCGCGCGUGGAUAUCCUGUUUGCCUAUGAGGACAUGCACAAUGAUACGCUGUACAACGCAAUCGCGGCCGGUGCCAAGGGGAUCGUGGUGGCCGGGGCCGGGGCCGGGGGGGUCUCUACUGUCUUCAACGCGGCCAUCGAGGAUGUCGUCAACCGCCUCGAGGUCCCCGUCGUGCAGAGCAUGCGUACCGUCAACGGCGAGGUGCCCUUGUCGGACAUCAGCAGCGAUACUGCCACGCACAUUGCCAGUGGCUAUUUGAACCCCCAGAAGUCUCGGAUUCUGCUGGGUCUGUUGCUCGCGGAGGGCAAGAACCUGACCGAGAUCGCUGAUGUGUUUGCUUUGGGCACGAACUACUAGCAUGGAUGAGUGGGUAAUGACUCGGUACUGUUGCUGGAGCAUGAUGAUGAUGCAUGACUG